CUUGAUAAGCAAACUCGUGACAUGUCCAUUGUGGACUUUAUUAGAAGAUAAAGAUAUCUCGAUAACUGAUAUGAAUGUGAAGUAUCUUCAGCUUGUCACAUUUCUUGAUGACUCCUCCAAAAAUAUCCAGUCAUUUAUGAAUGGAGAACUUCUUGUUUUUGGUGAUAAUACAUACAUUGAAAAAGAUGAAAUUUACAAUUCCCUUGUGACUUCGGACCAGUAUGACAACAUCGUCGAGGUAUUUCUGCAGGUGUUACUUCCAACCUUGUGUACAGUCAGUAAAAAACUCUUUGUAGACCAUUUACCUGGAGGGAAGUUAACUGGACUCUCUGAUGAAAUGAAAGAUAAAGUUAAGAAUGCUCCAAAAACAUCAUGUUAUGCUGAAAGCGUCUUUGGACAGCUGGAUCAUCUGUUGCGCACAAAACCCAAUAUGAGUACACUUGCUGCAGAAGCUUGCAUCAUGUUCUUAAAUAAUAAAACUGUUGACUGGUUGAACUCGAGAAAUGAAAAAGAAAAACAUGAGUUGAUUAAGAAGGCUUCAAAAUCCGUGAAAACAAUGCGCCAGAAUUAUAAACGCAGGUUGAAUGAAAUUGAAGAGCAAAGGAGAAUUACAGUUGCCGAACAGAUUCGUAAAAAAGAAGCUGCGAGACAGGAAAAACUUAGACAGCAAGAAGAAUGCACAAAGGAAAUAAUCAAUUAUGGUUUAUGGCAAAGUGAUUCAGAGGUUGACAAUAUGCUGUUGUCAUACAAGAAAGAUGGUGAUAAAAUAAAAGCUCUAAAAGCACAGCUUAGAUUUAGGAAAAAUGUCCUGCAUCAAAUUCCAAGUGACAAGUCAAAGUUUAAUUUCUCCAAAAAAGGCAAAGACUUUACUGUUAAUGAAUUAACUGCAAAUCUGAAAGAGCUUGUGACACAGGCUAUUGUGGCAGAUGAUGAUAGUCAGAAGCACAUCUUGGUAGGGAAAAGAGUGAGGCACCGAUUUAUUAAAGAUGGCCAGUCCAAGUGGUACACAGGGAAAGUCCCUUCUUUCCCAGACUGGUUCAACAUUAUGUACGAUGGGGAUGAGGCCAUAUACACAUAUCACCAUCUAGAUGCUGAUGUUGACAAGGCUGAUAUGCAGAUCCUCAUAUAA